CGACAUUUCAUGGACUUUAUUUCUGCAUAUGAUUUUUUCCUAAAUCUACGCCUCAAACAUCGAUUUAUUUCCUACUUACAUUUCUCACAAAUCCUGCCCUAUAAAUAUUUUGGAUUUCGCCUACAUUAAUCACACAUCUCUCACUCUACUCUCUCUCCUCAUUUCACACAAAUUUCCUUCUUCAUUUUUAGAGCGAGGAAGCAAGAUGGGAGCACGCCCUUUCAACACUGUUUUGCUGGUUUUAUCAGUUAUUUUCUUGAUUACACUGUCCAAUGUGGCUGAGGGGUACAAUAAUCUCCGUCCUCGAGAGUGCAAACCUCGUUGCACAUACCGGUGCUCGGCGACGUCGCACAAGAAGCCGUGCAUGUUCUACUGCCAGAAGUGCUGCGCCAAGUGCCGGUGCGUGCCGGCCGGAGUUUAUGGCAACAAACAAACAUGCCCUUGCUACAACAACUGGAAGACCAAAGAAGGCCGCCCUAAAUGCCCUUAGAAUUUUUACUCCUCUUUAAUUUCUUAUCAAUAAUUCAAUAAUUCUACUCUCAUUUCUGAUGCUCAGAAUUUACUAUUUAGUAUAGUUUAGUCCAUCCCCCCUUAUAUUAUACUCCUACCUACUUUAUUGUUUUUGAUUCAGAAGCUGUAUUUUCGAUCAAUGGGAUCGUCUACUCCACCAAUCGAUCGUUAUAGUCAAAUUAAUAUUUAGUUUGUUUCGGCACAUGUUUUUAUGCUUAUGUCUGUUACAAAUAUUUUGGGGUAGUUUAUUGCUCCUACAUAAAUUCUAUCACUUAGUACUA